AUGUCAGCUGUGUCAGUCGUGUCAGUCCGUGUCAGCCGUGUCAGUCGUGUCAGCCGUAUCAGUCCGUGUCAGCCUGUGUCAGUCCGUGUAGGCCAUGUCAGUCGUGUCAGCCCAUGUCAGUCCAUGUCAGCCGUGUCAGUUGUGUCAGCCGUGUCAGUCUGUGUCAGCCCGUGUCAGUUGUGUCAGUCCGUGUCAGUCUGUGUCAGCCGUGUCAACCAUGUCAGCCGUGUCAGUCGUGUCAGUCCGUGUCAGCCCGUGUCAGUGGUGUCAGUCUGUGUCAGCCGUGUCAGUCCGUGUCAGUCAUGUCAGCCCGUGUCAGCCAUGUCAGUCCGUGUCAGUUUGUGUCAGUCGUGUCAGUUCGUGUCAGCCGUGUCAGUCAUGUCAGCCGUGUCAGUACGUGUCAGUCGUGUCAGCGGUGUCAGUCGUGUCAGUCCAUGUCAGUUCGUGUCAGUCCGUGUCAGUCGUGUCAAUCCAUGUCAGUCUCUGUCAGCCGUGUCAGUCGUGCCAGCCCGUGUCAGCUGUGCCAAUCCGUGUCAGCCGUGUCAGUCCGCGUCAGCCGUGGCAGUCCAUGUCAGCCGUGUCAGUCGUGUCAAUCCGUGUCAGCCCGUGUCAGUCCGUGUCAGUCGUGUCAAUCUGUGUCAGUCCGUGUCAGCCAUGUCAGUCCAUGUAGGUGAUGACAUUGUGAACGCCAUACCUGAUGCUGGGUCCACAGGACUAGAGACCGUGCUUGGGCAAAGAAGAACUAAAGAUGAUACUUGGAAGGCAGAGGACCUCAGGAAACACCUUUGGGCUGUACAAUCAGGUAGUCCAAAGGAAGAUAAGAAACAUAGAGACAAGAAGCUGCACAAGGAUUCAGAACUGGACCUCCUCGAAUACAAAGAGCACAAGUACAGGGACCCAGACCGAGAUGCUCGGCACAGAGACCUCUACACCUCUAAGGAGAAUCCCUACGGGGAGAGAGAUCGAGAGAAGCACAGGGAAAAGAGAAAAGACACCAAAGACCGGGAGAAAGAAAAGCUGAAAGAGAAACACCGGGAACAAGACGCAGAAAGGCUUCACGGCAGGGGAAAGGACAGAGAAAAAGAGAGGGAUAGAAGGCCUAGGAAAGAUGAGAUCAAGCAGACUGCCGCCUACCACAACAUCCUGGUCCGGGAGGCACGGGACCGGCAGUUGCUGGACAGAGCAGACAAGAAGACCCGCUCAGGUAGUAAAGUACGAAUUGAAGAAAAAGAAAGGAGAGAUGAGGAUUCUGAGAGGGUCGAUGAAGAUAGAGAAAGAAGAUACCGGGAGAGAAAGCUGCAGUAUGGUGACAAUAAAGACAACCCUCUCAAGUUCUGGCUUUAUAAAGAAGAAGAUGAGAGAAAACAUAGAAAGCCUAGAGAAGUAGAUAGAGAAAAGAAACACCAAGAAAAAGGCAGCACAAGAGAGAAGAGAGAAAAACAUUCGAAAGAAAAGGGGAACUUUCUCACUGACAAGGAAGGGGAAGAGAGACACAGAGAGAAACGGCAUAGGGACCUUGAUGACGAGAGGCAUCGCAACCACACUGAGAGGAAAGAGAGACUGUCCAAGGAAGAGCACAAGAAGAAGGAGCCCAAGCGAAGCCGGGAAGAGGGUGCCUCACUGUGGACGCUGCCUCAGCACCAGGAAGGGGAAGAACCAGUGGAAAUUGAAAAGGAAGCCAGUGAUUUACAGAAUGCUGGGCCUGAUGAAAUUUCAGCCAAUUUUGAAGAUGAUUUUGAAGAUUAUGAGGAUGACUUUGAAGUUUGUGAUGGAGAUGAUGAUGAGAGCAACUAUGACCCUGACUCACAAGAAAAAAGUGAGGAACUUCCUCCAGCCCAGAAGAGAGAAAUACAAGAAAUUCAGAAAGCCAUCAAUGCAGAAAACGAAAGGAUUGGCGAGCUAUCUUCAAAACGUUUUCCAAAGCAAAGUCGGAUGGAGUACGAAAAGCAGUCCCGGGCAGAUGCAAACAUUUCCCCUUCCAGAACUCCUGUUUGUGGAAUUUUUGUGGAUUUUGCAACAGCCUCACACCGUCAAAAGAGCCGAAGUCAGGCCCUUAAACAAAAGACAAGAAGUACAAAACUGCUUCGGCUUAUCGACUUAGAUUUUUCAUUCACUUUCUCCCUCUUGGAUUUGCCUCCAGUAAAUGAAUAUGAUAUGUAUAUCAGAAACUUUGGGAAAAAAAAUACCAAGCAGGCAUAUGUUCAGUAUAAUGAAGAUAAUGUUGAAAGAGACAUUCAGACUGAAGACAUAGAGACCAGGGAAGUGUGGACCCAGCACCCAGGAGAAAGCGCCCUUGUCUCGGGAGGUAGUAGAGACAGAGGUCUCUCUGAUGCAACAAUUGUACCGAAGAUUGAUACUCAAAGAUUAUCCAGUUUUCUCCGGGCAGCGUGUCAGGUGGUUGCUGUUUUGCUUGAAGAGGAUCGUUUGUCAGUCAGACCCAGUUGGCAGCUCACGGCUGAAGACAAUUCCCUACAUGUUAGUGACAGCUCCUGUCAGCUGAACACUGACCUGCCAUUCCUUCAAAAUCGCGAAGUGCUCUGCUUACAUGCCUCUCAGGUGCAGAGGCAGACGGUGGUCUCCGUCCACGACGUCCCCCGGAGGGCGUCCUUCCCGCCGCUGGACAGCAGGCUCCUCCUCUGUGUGUGGGACAUUUGGCAGCCCUCAGGGCCUCAGAAGGCUCUGAUAUGUGAGUCCAAGGUCACGUGCUGCUGCUUCAGCCCUUUUAAAGCAUUCUUGCUGUUUGCGGGGACAGUGCAUGGCUCAGUGGUUGUGUGGGACUUGAGAGAAGACUCCAGAAUCCACCACUAUGUGCGGCUGAGCAACUGCUCCUGGACGUUCAGGACACCGACAUUCUCCACUGAUGGAAUCCUCACAUCGGUAAACCACCGAAGUUCUCUUCGGGCCAUAGAACCUGUUGCCACAUCUGUCUACAGAAAACAGAGUUUCGUGCUUUCUCCUUUCACGACUCAGGAAGAAAUGUCAGGUUUAUCAUUCCACAUUGCUUCCUUGGACGAGAGCGGGAUUCUCAAUAUGUGGGUGGUUGUUGAACUGCCAAAGGCAGAUAAUGCAGGCUCAAUGAGUGAUUUAGGUCUCCUGCCUGGAGGGAGGAUCAAGUUGGUGCACAGCUCUGUGAUCCAGUUGGGUAACAGUCUUCACCGAAAAGACAGUGAAUUCUGGGGACCUACACAAACACUGAGUGUCAAGUUUCUGCCUUCAGAUUCUAACCACUUUAUUGUUGGCACAGACCUGGGUUUUAUAAGCCAUGGCACAAGACAAGAUGUGAAGGUGUCCCCCAAGCUGUUCAAACCUCAGCAACAUGGUAUGAGACCAGUGAAAGUUAAUGUGAUUGAUUUUUCACCAUUUGGAGAACCAAUAUUCUUGGCUGGCUGCUCGGAUGGAAGCAUCAGGCUCCAUCAGUUGGCGUCGGAGUGGCCUCUGGCCCAGUGGGACAACAGCACUGAAGGCUCCGCCAUCUGCAGCCUGCAGUGGUCCCCGACAAGGCCCGCCGUGUUCCUGGCUCAGGAUGCUGCCUCCAGAGUCUACAUCUGGGACCUCCUUGAGAGCGACCUGGGUCCUGUGGCCACGCAGCUCAUCUCCCCAGACCGGCUGUUGGCCAUGACGGUCACGGGUGAGUCAGACAAAGCUGGUGGCAGCUUCCUGGCCCUGGCUCUGGCCAGGGCCUCUGGCGCUGUGGACAUCCAGUACCUGAAGAGGCAGUGGACAGUCCCGAAGGCGGACGAGCAGAGCCAGCUGCACCUGCUCCUGCAGGAGGGCCUGUGGAGCCGCGAGCACCCCCGGAGGGGCCCGCGUGGGCCACCGCGCACGUGAAGACUGCAAGGACCGCUCUACGUCCGUGUGUAUAUUCUGUACAUACGUUUGCUUUACAGCAGUGUUUCUGCGGUAGUCCCAGUAAAUAAAUCACUAUUUUUGGAAACAAAUGAACCCUUUAGCGUAUGCUGAACUUCAAAGGAAGUAUUAAGUCAUGUCCAGAUGCUUUUCUUCUAGGAGUUAUUUUUGAAACAGAUCUAAAACACUGUCACAUUUAUCACUAGAUUUUAAACAGUCCAUGGAAAAAUGGGCUAUUUUCUUAGUCAUGUAUAAAAUGGUACACACAUGACUAGAUUAAAAGGAAUUCCUCCAUUGCAGUGAGCUCUGCUAACUGUGUUUUCUUGAGCAUAACCUUACUAUUGAUUGACUGUUGUUUAGUUGACCACAGUUUGCAUGAUCUCUUAGUACUAAAAUUGUCUUUGUGUAGAAAUAAUACAGGUAAAUAAAACUCG